GUGGUGCUGGACUUCGCCCGCCACGGUCUGGAACUCGUUCAGAAGCGUGCGAAACGGCCGCCCAAGCUCAUCUGGGUCAGCGUGCUGGACUCGGAUCGGCACAGGCGCGAGGUCAGGCAGCCUGGUCUCGUAGGCUUCCGCUGGCUCUGCAAGGCAGUUGGCAGUCUUCGUUCUGUGCUCGCAGCUGGCUCAGACUAUCAGGACAUUCAGGCGAUUGUAGCUCCUCCUGACAAAAUCAAGGACAAGGUUCAGGACUGUGGGGAAGAACUUCAGAAGAUCCAGGCCGUCUUGGGCUCAUGUGGGUUCCAGGACCUUCAGGAGAAGCGUUUCGACGAUCUGGAGGAGCUAGAGGUCAGCCGGAUCAAGUCUUUUGAGCAGUAUGCUGGUCAG